AUGCAUUUCGCAAGAGCAAGGAACGUGUUCUUCACGGAUGUACUGUUCUGGAUCGUGGUGCUUUGUAUAGAAUCCGUGGCGGGGCAGCUGUCUUACUCCGUACCAGAGGAGUCAAAACCAGGGACAACAGUCGGGAAUUUAGCCAAAGAUUUGAAUCUCAAUGUUCAGGAUUUGGAAUCACGGAUGUUUCAAAUCGUUGCUGGGUCCAAGAAGACAUAUUUCGAGGUAAACCUAAAGACUGGUGUUCUCUAUGUUACUGACAGAAUAGACAGAGAGGAGCUAUGCGCAGAAUUGUUGAAAUGCACAGUAAUUGUCGAAGCGGUUAUUAACAACCCUUUGAAACUGUAUCGCAUAGAAAUAAACAUUUUAGAUGUGAAUGAUAAUUACCCUGCUUUCAGUGCAAACUCGCAGACCAUUGAUAUUGCAGAGAGUACAUUGCCAGGAGUUAGAUUUCCGUUGUUGUCAGCAUCAGACUCGGAUGUGGGUAAGAAUGCCGUCAGUACAUAUAGGCUCAGCCCCAAUGACCACUUCUCGCUCGCCACACACAAAGGAGAGCACAGUGCGUCUGCGGAGUUAAUUCUGCAAAAAGCUUUAGAUCGAGAAAAGCAGCACUAUAUGCAGUUAACGCUUACUGCCAUCGAUGGAGGAAAUCCGCCGAAGUCAGGUACAUCUCAAAUCAAAAUUAACGUUUUGGAUAACAAUGAUAACUUGCCUGUAUUUAGCAGACCCUUAUACAAAACAAGCGUGUUUGAAAAUGUUCCAGUUGGGACCACGGUAGUCACAAUUAACGCUACUGAUCUCGAUGAAGGGACAAAUAGUGAAAUUGUGUAUUCGUUAAGUAGGAAAGACCAAGAUAACAUUUUAGAGAUGUUUCACAUCGACCCAUCUACAGGCGCUAUCACUGUAAAGAGCAACAUAGAUUUUGAGCAGCGGAGUGCUUUUGAGAUUCGUGCACAAGCGAAUGACAAAGGCCAGCCUCCCAUGGCGGCGCACUGUAAAGUGCUAGUGGAGGUCAUAGAUCUAAACGAUAACGCUCCUGAAAUCACAGUAACUUCAUUAUUGAAAACUGUGAAGGAGGACGUCAAAAUCGGCACUGCAAUUGCCCUCGUCUCCGUGUCUGAUAAAGAUGGUGGUAAAAAUGGCAUCGUGACCUCCGCAGUUAAAAACAAAGUUCCAUUUAAACUCGAGCUGAACUACAAAAACUAUUAUUCUUUAGUGGUGGAUGGUCGAUUGGACAGAGAAAACAUUUCCGUGUACAAUGUCACCAUCACAGCAACCGAUGAGGGCACACCACCUCUAUCGAGUUCUAGUAUUAUAACCGUUGACGUUGCUGAUGUGAAUGACAACGCUCCUCGUUUCGCAGAGCCGGUACUUAAUGUAUACAUCAAGGAGAACAGUCCAGUCGGUGCGGUGAUGUCAACAGUGUCUGCCUCUGAUGCUGAUACCAAUGAGAAUGGUCUAGUUACUUAUUCAGUUUUAGAUGGUGGUGCACCUAUAUCAACGCUGGUGAACAUAAAUUCAAUGACGGGGGAUUUGAGCAGCUUACAGUCUUUCAACUACGAGGAAAUGAAAACUUUUCAGUUCAGAGUUCAGGCCACAGACUCUGGUGUUCCUCCCCUCAGCAGCAAUGCUACUGUAAACGUGUUUGUACUGGAUGAGAAUGACAACAGUCCAGUAGUUCUUCCUCCAUAUUCAGAGCAUGGCUCUGUUAACACUGAGAAUGUUCCCUACACGGCUGAAGCUGGAUACUUUGUGGCCAAGAUCAGGGCUGUAGACGCAGACUCGGGAUAUAACGCACUGCUUUCUUACCACAUCUCUGAGCCCAAAGGAAAUAAUCUAUUUCGUAUUGGAACCAGCAGCGGGGAAAUCAGGACUAAAAGGAGAAUGAGCGACAAUGACCUGAAAACUCAUCCGUUAAUUAUUGCAGUUUCUGAUCAUGGAGAGCCUUCACUCUCAGCGACAGUGUCUAUCGAUGUUGUUGUAGUUGAGAGGGCCAGUGAAAUUCAGACAAAGUUCAGACAUGUCCCAGUUAAGGAUGACACGUUUUCUGACUUAAAUCUGUAUUUGUUGAUAGCCACUGGCGCUGUAUCUCUGAUUUUUAUACUGAGCCUCAUCAGCUUGAUAGCUGUAAAAUGCCACAAGACAGACAGCAAUUUUGAUGGAUACAACCCGCCAAUGAUCACCACACAUCCUGAUGGAACCUGGUCGUACUCCAAAUCUACACAGCAGUAUGACGUGUGCUUUAGCUCAGACACACUGAAGAGUGACGUAGUAGUUUUCCCCACAGCGUUUCCACCUGCUGAUGCUGAGCUGAUCAGUAUUAAUAGUGGAGACACGUUUCAGCGGACACAAACACUCCCCAACACAGUAAAGACCGACGGAAAGAAAGUCUCGGCUGCGUGCGAUAGCUCCUCCCGGUCUUAG